CUCCCUGGCUUUCCGUCGCGCCUCCACGAUCCCGCGGCCGACAGUGCGCACGACUUGAACGGAUCUCGUGUGUGAAAUGCGCAAAGUUUUGGACCCCCUCACUUAUCCGUGGACAUGCUGGCCGCUGCGCGCCCAACGCCACUAGGAGCAAUGGCACAGCCCAGCGGUGCACCGUCGAAAGCCCGCGGCUGCACCGACCUGCCGUGGCUGUUCGCACUCGCCGCAUUGCUUGGUGUCGCCGUGUUUGUGGCGUCGUUCGCACUAGCACUCGGCGACCCACGCCGCCUUGUCCACGGCUACGACAGCUUCGGCAACGUGUGCGGCGCGCGCAACGCGCCGAUCGGCAGCCUGGCCUUGUCGGGCAUGGACGCGAGCGACAAGCCGUACCUCUUCUAUCUGGAUGUCGCCGACCCGCGCAACUCGCUUAAGAUAUGCGUCAGCCAGUGUCCGUUCCGCGCGCUCCACACCAUGGACGAGGUGCGUCACUUUGGUGAAGAGACGGGUUCAACCCUCUGCCGUUAUGACGUCGCAACCAACAGCCAGGCCUCUGCACUGUCCAAUGCAACAGUGCUUGACCUCUUCAACAAGGAGCAGGAGAGGACCGGACUCGGCCCCUGCCCAAGGCUUCCAUUGCCGCCCACCAAGCCUGUCCGUAAUCGCUGUGUUCCAUAUGAUGCCAGUUCAGCUAUCCUCCACAGUAUCUAUGGAUAUCUCAACAGUGCCGACACCCUUCAGCAGGUUGUUAGUGAUUUGUUUGCUGCCUGGCGCGAGUUAUGCUGUAUGCUGUCCUUUGCCUGUGUCCUGUCUUUUUCUGUGGUCUAUCUGCUUCAUCGAUUUGCGGCGGUAGCAACAAAGGCCGUGCUCAUUGUGUCAGUGCUCUCGGUGAUUGCUGCAGCAGCUACACUCUGGUGGACUUAUGUGGACAUCAAGGUCCACCUUGACAUGACACCGUUUGAUCGCCUUCUCGAAGAGUCUGCUAAAAAUGAGCGGGCAUUUCUUGUUUUUGCAAUUGCAGCGACCCUGUUGGCCACAGUUUUGCUGGCUCUUGUUCUGGCAUUGCACAAGCAGGCUGGACUGGCUUUGUUUCACGAAGCUGGACAUUGUAUUCGCCACAUGCCCUUUCUUUUGGUACAGCCUCUGUGGACUCUGGUUGCUCUGAUGGCUCUCUUUGCAACAUGGACAGUUGUCUUCCUUCAUUUGGCCACUGCUAACCAUGCCAGCCGUGAAACUUUCCCCAUUGCAGCCUUUGCACCUGUUGCUGAAGUGCGACACAUGACCUUGGUGACUUAUGAGCAGCCUUCUUGGGUACGCUUUGCCUGGUGGUUCCAACUGGUGUUUCUCCUCUGGGCAGCCGAGUUUGUGCUGGCCUGUCAGCAGGCUGUCAUUGCCGGGGCCGUUGCAUCGUGGUACUUCUGCAAGGACCGCACGACGCUAGUGUGGCCUGUGGGCCGUUCUGCAGCUCGCCUGUUCAUCUACCACCUUGGAUCUGUUGCCCUGGGCUCACUCCUUACACCUGUGUGCAGGCUUCCGAGACUCGUAGUCAUGGCUUUGCAGCACUGGACUAGUGGACGACCCAGUGGACGCUGCUGUAGGUGGCUGUGGUGCUUCAGUUGUGUGAGCCACAAUGCAUACACUGUCGUCGCCAUUCGUGGGACAUCUUUCUGCACAGCUGGUCGCACGGCCUACUUGGUGCUUUCUGAAAGCUCACCCAUCACCUCGGUUCUCAGUGGCUCGUGUGAUUUCCUGCUCUUCAUGGCCAAGUGCCUGGUUACGUCUGCGGUCGGUCUUUUGGCGGUGGUGCUACUUCGUGGCAACCCACAACUUCAACUGUGUGCUGUGCCUGUGCUAGCUGUGUCAGUGUUUUCGUACUUUGUGGCCCACUGUGUGCUCUCCCUCUACGGAAUGGUGGUGGACACACUUGUGCUCUGCUUCUCGGAGGAUGUUCUGUCCUGGGAGCCGAGCCACCGAGACCUUUAUGCCCCAGAGAGUCUUCGCAGGCUGCUGCUGGGAGACACUGCAUUGCUGCGUCCUCUCCCUGCACAAGCUUAGCUCUCGAGAAAGUACGCUCUUUUCACUCCGACUGCACAGGGUCCAACUUAAUGUAGUAAGGACUGGGCUAGUUGGUUGUUCAUGCUGAUGAUAAACAGUGUGAAAAAAAUUGGCCGCGUAUCUGCGUGCUUCGCUGCAAAUGUCGUGUAAAGACGAUAGAAGAGGCGCUGUGUGAGAUAUGGACGCCAUCUGGCAAUACGUCGGGAAACAUGAGUGCUGUGUUGCGUGCUGGUAGUCCCGGCGCAGCAGCAGGCGAAGACCGGCGG